AUGUCUCUAUUUAAAACGAUACUGGCGUACGUUCAGUUUUUUGCUUUCAUCGGAUAUGGUGCAACUAUGAAACAUGCCAUAUUUAAAAGAAAAACUGGACAAUAUUUACCAGAUAGUGUGAUCACAAUGAAAUAUACAGAAAGUGAAUUAGAGUGUUCCAUGCAUUGCACAAGCAUCGACGCGUGCUUGUCAGUGAAUUACAAAGAUAGCGGAGUGGAUCAAGGUUUAUGUCAACUCAACAACAGUACAGCUUCAGAAAGUCUUGUGCUGGUUCCCGAUGAUAAAUUUGUGCAUCUUUCCAUUUUAAAGGGGGUAAGAUAUUUCUUUAUGAUACCACAAAUGGGGCCCAGCUAUAUAGUAUGUCAUAUUCUCGAAUAAGUUAAUCCUGCGCUAUACUCUAUAGGCCUAUAGAGUGGCUAGGGAAACUAGAAAAAUUGUUUCCUAACCAUUUGCUUGCUUCUUCAAGGUUCGAUCGUAGUUUCAAAGACCGAAACAAAUUCAAAGACUUAACUUCAAAAUCAAGACCAGGCAUUAAAAUUUGGAUUUUUUUACAAGGACAAACUUAAUUACCUCCACGCCAAGGGCGACAAUUACUUGGAAGUUUGGCAGAGAAGCUUGAGCAUGCAUAAAUACUCGUCAACUAAGGAAAGGCUUAUCGAAUAUUCGUUAAAGUUCAGUGCCCUAGCGUUUAAGGCAAAAUGCGAGCCGUCAAUAACUUUAAUUUUUACCGUGACUUGGAAAAAGUAACUUUAUGUCUCGAGCAACGAAAUCAGACUAUAGUUGUGCAAAUGUGACUAUAAUGCAUACAUUUCAGUCCGAUAUCAAUAAAUAUUUCAAAUUUAGAGGUCACAGAAGCGCAGUUUUCGGCACAUUUGGGUCGUUUAAAUCAAUGGUUGAGGGCAGGCUAUCUAUAACAAGUACAUAAAUCAUGCAGUCUAAAUGAUUCAUAACUAAAUUGUCAAUUGUCUAAUGAAAAGAACUGAAUCAUGAAAAGCGAGUCCUGAUUUUUGUAGCAUAAUUUUAUUAUUUACCGCGGAUAUUGCCAAAAUAAUUGAAGACGUUGGUAAUUUAACAGACGUUUCUUGACAUGUUAUAAACAGAGAAAACAGAAAUAUAUAAACCACAAAUAUAUUGAUCUGGCUAUCAUCAGGCAAUAAAUACAGCAUGAUUACUUCAAACAAAAUUGCUGUGGGAAGUGGCUGCAUAGAAAUAGAUUUUCUCCGGGUUUUAUUCCCAGAACCAAGUACAUUGUCCACAUGCAAGGGCACACUUUUCAAUUUACAAGGACACAUUUUCCUUUUACAAGGACACAAAAUGUGUCAAAAAAACACGCUAUUUUAAUGCCUGAUCUUCUAGACAUGUUCUACCUAUAUUAUCAAUGAUUUUUUCAUGCACCAUUUUGACGGUAAGCUAAUAUUUUGGACAACAAAGAUAAUCAACUAUACGAAGCACAGUCACUUUUUGUGGGAGAAUGGUUGUUGGGCAGAAGUGCUCCGAUUAUGUUUAACUGUGGCCAAAGUCUCCAUAUUUUCACCUUUAAACGCCGGUCAACGUUCAUUGUAUUCUGUUUAGAGUAAACCCAAGACGAAAGAAAUUGCCAGCAAGCGCAGCUGCAAAGAAUUAUUCGACGAUGACAGGUAAUCCAUAUUGAAAAUAUUACCAUAUUGAAACAGGUCAAUGCAAAUAAACUAACUUUGUCUAUACUGGAACAGUUCUUCACUGCUUUCCUUAGAUGUCCAUGUUCGUUUCUUGUUGGCUUAGUGUUACUAUUAGACGUACCAUAAGCUAAAUUCAACCUAAUAUAAGAGGCAACCUAAACUAAACUAACUAAAUUCAUAAUGUUAGCGCGUUGCAGUUCCAUGAAACGCAUACAAACUUAUAUACAGGUCCUAUAGACUAAACACAGAAACAGACAGACAUAUACACACAUAUACAAUCGCUGAAGAAAAUAUAACCUAGCGGAGGUAAUAAUAUUCCUAAACUAUUAAAUAAUAAGUAAAACACAAAGGAAAAUUUAUCUUUACUAAUUUUUUUGUUUAUUCCACAUUACAAGUACUCAAAAAAUUCUAUAUUUAUCAACAAUUUCAUGACAUGAACGGAUUUGUGAAAUUGAGAGCCGUUUCAAAAUUGUCUACUUUAUUCUGAUACACCCUGUAGUUAGGUAUUGCUCUAAAUCUAAGACAUCAUUUUCAUUUACAAUUAAGGUGUGAUAAAAGUAUCAUUAUUUUAUUCCAGGUCAUUGCCAAACGAUGCUUACACUGUGCAGUUCAACAUUUCCUCGUCUCCGUAUAAGGUAUAUUGUCACAUGACAGAUAUUCCCGUAUGUGGAGGAGGAGGUUGGACACUAGUCAUGAAAGUGAAUGGAAAUAUGGUAAGAUAGAAAUCGAGGGUUAGUUCAUGUUGAACUUCAAUUAACCAAACAAUCAAUCACUCAAUCAAAUCAUCAAUUAAGCAGCCAAACAAUCAGAGAAAGUUUUUCUUUCAAUUUUCUAACUGAAACUACGUCUUAAAUAAUCGUUGGCUACUAAAGCAUCAUCUAUCAGUCAAUUAAAUUCUCUUUCUUAAAUUAUUGUUUUUUCCUAAUUUAGUCCACAUUUGACUACAAUUCACCUUUGUGGACGAACAAGGAAAGUUAUGCAGUUGAAGAUGGACUUGAAGAACUAACAGAGAAAGAAAGUAAACUGGCCUCUUAUUGGAACACUCCUUUCAAGAAAAUAUGCCUUGGUAUGACCGUUAAUAGUGACAGAAAAUGGAUGAUGUUAGAUUACGAAGCAAGUUCGCUGUACAGUAUGAUCGCAGAUGGACAAUACCGUAGCACAUCCGCUGGAAAAGACACCUGGAUGUCUGUGAUCGCAGACUCUUCCUUGCAGCCCAAUUGCAACCAUGAAGGUUUCAAUAUCCAAUUCCCAUAUAUCAAUGCUCGCCUUGGUUUUGUUGCCAACAACGAAAAUGGUUGUGGGUCCUGUGACUCUUGGAUAGGUUUUGGUAUUAUAUACUCCUUUACUUGUGGUACAUUCUAUCAGGCGUGCGGUAAUCGUGCAGUAUGUGCAGUAUAUCGUGUUGUAAACAUCCCAGCAUUUGGGUAUAUAUUGGUGCAGUAAAACAUUCAUCCUUUAGCAAGACAUGAAAAUGCAUUACAAUGAAAACUGUAAAAAGGAAGUUAAAGAAUUAAAGUUAAAACGACAGGCCUAAAUGUUAAUAUGAUUUGGUUAUUGUGUUUGGGCAAAUCGCCCAACUUAUUCGCAUGUAUAUAUAACUUAAAUGCUUGGAUACAAUUGUGAUUUGUUCUGUGCCCACUCUGUCAGUAUAGCUUUAGUAGCUAUAGCAUUGGAAUUUUUUCAAACUCUAGUUUAACAAAAUAAAGGUGUGAUAAGUGUUCCAACUAUAUGUUUACACUUAAAUUGGAUAUAUGAAAUAAAUGAUAUUAAGAACAAGCUGAGUGUCCUUUAGUAGCUGGGACUAGGGAGCGCGAGGGUGGAGUGUUUUCACCGUUCACACAAUUUCCACGAGUGUUGAGAAAACUGUAUAUCAAUACGGAAAAAUGUAUUUUUUUUAUCUCAAACUCAUUAACAAUUCCAACAUGAGCUCCACCUUUGAAUUUGCUAUAUGAGUAAAUUCUUAAACACGUCCGAAUUUAUCAUUAUGAUAAAUUCGCGGCAGAUUUUGAAUUUAUCAAUAGAUUUUCAAGUUUUUUUAAAAAAAUAGUUUUUAAAAAAGUUUUAAAAGAGUUUUAAAAAGCAAAAAAGCCCAAAAAGUUAGAUUUAUAAAAAAGUUAAAAAAGUUUAAAAAAUUUAAAAUGUUUAAAAUGUUAGGGUUAGGGGGUAGUGGUUAGGGUUGGGGUUAGGGUUAGUGUUAGCUGCCGCGAAUUUAUCAUAAUGAUAAAUUCGGACGUGUUUAAGAAUUUACUCAUAUAGUAAAUUCAAAGGUGUUGAACAAUUCAUGAGUAAAUUAGCCAAUCAUAUUAUUUUAUUUUGCUCACAUGACAAUACUGGAUAUCUGGUGAACAGGUGAAGUAUAUUGAUUCAGUCCCAGGACUGGAUCAAAAUUAAUUCAAUUCUUGGACUGGAUCCAAAUUAAUAUACUUUUUGGAAUGGAUCAAAAUUAAUUCAUCUCACUUUAAUUAGUAGUGAUUUAUUCGUAUGAGAUGUCAUUUCAAAUCCUCCAAAUUGCGCGGACUUAAAAUCUAUUCCAGUCCUCACAGUCAGAUUUGAAAUAUUACAUACAAUAUAGCACAAAGAAAUAUAAAGAAAAAAAAUCUUCGGGGGUUGACAUUGAGUUAUGUCAACACGGUUCUUGGCCAAUCAGCGUUUAGAAUUUACAAAUGUUAUAUGUAUGUUCUGUAUAUAUAUUAUCAAGAUGCAAUUUGCAAUAAGCAGCUGCUCAUUUUAACAAAAAAAUUGACUGCUUAUGUACGAGCCGUCAACUAGUGUAUAUUAACAGUUGUUUCAAUAAAGCGUUAUCAUUGCCCACCAGCUAUUGGACUGAAUUUUGCAGUUGAUUUGGACAAAAUUAACAUGUUUCUAUUUAAAACGAUGCUAGCGUACGUUCAGUUUUUUGCUUUCAUCGGAUACGGUGUUACUAUGAAACAUGCCAUAUUGAAAAGAAAAACUGGAAAGUAUUUACCAGAUAGUGUGAUCACAACGAAAUAUACAGGAAGUGAAUUAGAGUGUUCCAUGUAUUGUACAAACAUCGACGAGUGCUUGUCAGUGAAUUACAAAGCUGGCGGAGUGGAUCAAGGUUUAUGUCAACUCAUCAACAGCACAACUUCAGAAAAUCUUGGACUGGUUUCCGAUGAUACAUUUGUGCAUCCUUCUUUUGUAAAGAGGGUAAGAUAUUUCUUUAUGAUUCUCGAAUACGUUAAUAGUGCGCUAUAUAACCAUAAGACAAUUAUAACCCAAUCAUCUGCAACGCACACUUUUUGUGGGAGAUGGGCAGAAGUGAAUGAAUGAAUGAAUGAAUGAAUGAAUGAAUGAAUGAAUGAAUAAUUUAUUUAGACAUGCACGUUACGUCCAGGAGCAUGCAUAAAGCUCGUUCAUAAUACGAAGGUGAAGUGCUCCGAUUUAAGCUCCUUCUUGACCCGAUAAUCAUUCCUAGAAUGCGUCUACUCUUCGAUAUUUGUAAAAAUCUUCCUAAAAUCCACCAUCCAUUUUACUAUAGCUAUAGAGAAUCGUAUAAGUCAAAUACUUGCUAAAUAAUAUAAGACUUUUAGAGACUUCUGCAUGCAUAUUUUCAUAUAAUUCAAAGAUUUUCAAAAGAUCCACAAUCGAAUUUAAAGCCUUUCAAAGACUGCUACCGAAUCCUGUUACUGUUUCCACAACAAUGUCUGAUAUUUUUACCUUUAACAUCAGUCAACGUUCACUGUAUUCUGUUUAGAGUAAACCCAAGACGACAGAAAUUGCCAGCAAACACAGCUGCAAAGAAUUACUCGACGAUGACAGGUAAUCCACAUUGAAAAUAUACCACCAUAUUGAAACAGAUCAAUGCAAAAAAACUAACUUUUUUAUACUGGAACAGUUCUUCACUGCUUUCCUUAGAUGUCCAUGUUAGUUUCUUGCUGGUUUACUGUUAUUAUAAGAAGCAACCUAAACUAAACUAAAUUCAUAAUGUUAGCUCGUCAGUUCCACUUUUUUCUCCAAAAUGCCUAAAGCUAUCCGAUCUUUAUUGCCGCAGUCCUCCUACAGCUAUAAAGAAAACUUGUACGCGUUCAUUUUCUUUGUGUUUUGCUUAUUAUUUAAUAGUUUAUAAAUAUUAUUACCUCCGCUAAGCUAUAUAUUUUCAUCAGCGUUUGUAUAUAUGUGCAUGUGUGUAUAUGUCUGCUUCUGUGUUUGCCUUCAGCAUGAUAACAUAAAAAAACUAUCAAACGUAUUAAUACGAAAAUUUGUGGGACUAAUGUACAUUGCCGCGAAGGAAAAACUGAUUAAAUUUUGGUAACAUUUGGAUGAAAACUGAAUGAGAAAUGAGCAAAACUUUGUCUUGCUUUGCUGGGCAGAGUAAACUGAAUGCGUAAUUAGCCCAUUGUAUAAUUUAUGUAUGAUUUAUGGCGUGUGUGCCUUUUUGUUAGGUAUUGCUCUAAGACAUCAUUUUCAUUUACAAUUAAGGUGUGAUAAAAAUACCAUUAUUUUAUUCCAGGUCAUUGCCAAACGAUUCCUACACUAUGCAGUGGAACAUUUUCACGUCUCCGUAUAAGGUAUAUUGUCACAUGACAGAUAUUCCCGUAUGUGGAGGUGGAGGUUGGACAUUAGUCUUGAAAGUGGAUGGAAAUAUGGUAAGACAGAAAUCAAUAAGGAUAAUGCAUAUUAAACUUCAAUUAACCAAUCAAUCAAUCAAUCAAUUCAUCAAUUAAGCAGUCAAACAAUCAGAGGAAGUCUUUCUUCAACUAUCAGUCAAUUAAUUUCUCUUUCUUAAAUUACUGUGUUCUUACUAAUUUAGUCCACAUUUGACCACAAUUCAUCUUUGUGGACGAACAAAGAAAGUUAUGCAGUUGAAGAUGGACUUGAAGGACUAACAGAGAAAGAAAGUAAACUGGCCUCUUAUUGGAACACUCCUUUCAAGAAAAUAUGUCUUGGUAUGACCGUCAACGGUGACAGAAGAUGGAUGAUGUUAGAUUACGAAGCAAGUUCGCUGUACAGUUUGAUCGCAGAUGGACAAUACCGUAGCACAUCCGCUGGAAAAGACACCUGGAUGUCCGUGAUCGCAGGCUCUUCAUUGCAGUCCAAUUGCAACCAUGAAGGCUUUAAUAUCCAGUUCUCAAAUAUCAAUGUUCGCCUUGGUUUUGUUGCCGACAACAGAGAUGAUUGUCGGUCCUGCAACUCUUGGAUAGGUUUUGGUAUAUACGCCUCUACAUGUGGAAUAAUGGGAAAUCAGGCGUGCGGUAAUCGUGCAGCAUGCAAAGUAGAUCUUAUUGUAGACAUCCCAGCAUUUGGGUAUAUAUUGGUGCAAUAAAACAUCCAUCCUUUUAACAAGACAUCAAAGUGUAGUACAAUAAGAACUGUAUGAAGGAAGUUAAAAAAUUAAGUUAAAACGACAGGCCUUAUGAUUAAUAUGAUUUGCUUAUUCUGCUUUUGGCAAAACGCCCAACUUAUUCGCAUGUAUAUAUAACUUAAAUGCUUAGAUACAAUUGUGAUUUGUUGUAGUAUGUCCCUACUUUGUCAGUAUAGCUUUAGUUGCUGACCAUUUGACGUUAGGAGUGCCUGGCAACGAAAGUGGUGACACAUCUCGAUCUGAAGCUGCCUGUUUACAGGAUUGGGCGGAAGAGAAUAGAAUGCCCUUAAACUUGGAAAAAAACGUACAAAAUGGUUGUUCGCAGACACACCUCUGUAGUUUUGUCUGAGCUUAUCCCUUCAAUUAAGCGAAAAACAUGGCUAAAGCUUUUAGGAGUUACUCUAUGACGGUAAAUAUUUGAACCAAAUAAAUAAAUUCAUUAAACGUGCACAUAAGAAUGGUUAUAUAUCAAAACGAUACGUGAUAAGAGAGAUAAGAAACUGUGGAACAACAUAACAUCAACUGAGGACAAUGCAUUGCUUGAACUGCUGCCGGAAAAAAGAAGUAUAGGUUACUUAGGCCUAGAGGGCACGAGUAUGAACUCUCCCUAGUGAGAACUAGGGGGAUUUCAUAACUAUAACUUUGUUUAGACUUUAAUGUAUUUAAAACUUUUAUUACGCUUCUUAACUUACAUUGUAAAUAUAACUAUCUAGAUCAAUUACCUUUCGAUUGUAAACUCAGACGAAUGUAUCUGAGUAUUUUAAUAAAGACUAUUAUUAUUAUUAUUAUAUUAUUAUUAUUAUUAUUAUUAUUAUUAUUAUUAUUAUUAAUUACCUAAAUUAGUGAGAUUUAUAAUUGUAUAUAUACGUAUAUAAUUUCAAUAAAGUUUCCAUUAUUAUUAUUAUUAUUAUUAUUAUUAUUAAAAUCAGUCAAGAACAACUCAUAUAAACAGUCAAUUUGCAAUUAAAUUGACUGUCUGCGAACAAAUUGACUGUUUACACGAGACAUACGCGGCUUAUUUGAGCCGCGACUUAUUUUCGCUAGUGUAAAUAGUCCUAUUAAUUCUCUUAAUAUAACUAUUGUAUAUUAUCAGUUGUUUAAUUAAUAAAGCGUUGUCGUUGCGCACCAACUAUUGAACGAACGCCUUAUAUAGUCUAAGAGACAUUUGGCAAUUGCUUUGGCCAAAGCAUGUCUCUAUUUAAAACGAUAAUAGUGUACGUUCAGUUUUUCGCUUUCAUCGGAUAUGGUGCUACUAUGAAACAUGCCAUAUUUAAAAGAAAAACUGGACAAUAUUUACCAGAUAGUGUGAUCACAACGAAAUAUACAGAAAGUGAAUUAGAGUGUUCCAUGCAUUGUACAAGCAUCGACGCGUGCUUGUCAGUGAAUUACAAAGCUAGCGGAGUGGAUCAAGGUUUAUGUCAACUCAACAAUAGAACAACUUCAGAAAAUCUUGGACUGGUUUCCGAUGAUAAAUUUGUGCAUCUUUCUAUUGUAAAGAAGGUAAGGGUAUUUUUAUGAUGUCACAAACGUAUGGAUCCAGUGUAAGCAGUGUAUGUAAUAUUCUAGAAUACGUUUAUGGGUAAAUAAUUGGGCGUCUAACUCGAUUGAACUAUAUAAUGUUGAAGGAUUUUGUAGAUGGAAAUUUCGACUAUGAAUUUUACGUCAGAAAACAUUGUUUCCUAACCAUGUUUCUCUAAAGUAUAGAAUUACAGGAAACAUUUCUUCCGCAAUGAAAGUCACACGUCUACAAUAAUGUUUAGUAUUUUUACUUUAAACCCCAGCUAGUCAAUGUUCACUGUUUUUCUGUUUAGAGUAAAGCUAAGACGAAAGAAAUUGCCAGCAAACCCAGCUGCAAAGAAUUACUUGAGGAUGACAGGUAUAAUCCAAUAUAUUGAAAAUAUAACACCAUAUAUACUGAAAAAGAUCAAUGGAAAUAAAUUUUAAAAUUUUGUGUUGUACUGCCAUAUUCAUUUCUUGUUGGUUUAUUGUUACUAUAAGAGGAAUGCUGAACUAAAUUCGACCUCAUAUAAGAGGCAUAUAACCAAAACUAAAUUCAUACAAACCCAUGCAUCAGUUCCACUUCUUUCACCAAAAUAUACCUACACGCAGUUUAAAUUACAAAGCCAUCCUUAAUCGGUGCAGUCCUCCUACAGGAGGACACCUGCACUCGCUUUUAUUUCCUUUGCGUUUGGCCUAAUUAAGUGGACUAAUAGAUAUUUUCCAAGGACUUAGAAAAGUUUGUCUUUCUUUGUUAGGCAGAGUAAAACUGCAUGAUACAUGUAUGCAGUCUCCGUGUACACUCCAGUUAAUUAAUAUAUGAGAAUUUAUGGGAAUAUUAUUGUUUUAAAAGCUUCCGUUGUAGAUUUCUGAAACGUCCUAACGGACUGAACAUUAUUUUACAGCUCUCUACAAAACGGCAUCUACCAUCUACAAUCAAAGGCUUCCACAGAAAAAUAUCCAGUCUAUUGUCACAUGACUGAGAUUCCUGGAUGUGGAACAGGAGGCUGGACAUUAGUGAUGAAAACAAACGGAGAUUUGGUAAGAUAAAAAGAAAUUUUUAGUUUGUCGUUGUAGAAAAUAUCUGAUCGGCCUAGCAACGUCUUCAAAGGAUCAGUUGUGUUUUGCAUAUAUAAAUGUUUUUAACAUGGAAAUAGGUUUGAGAUGCUGCUGCUCCGAGUGUCUUGAUUGAAUUGAUUGAAAGCUUGAUCAAGGUGCUAACCAAUAUCUACUCGGAUAUCUUAAUUUAGAUAAUUAAAAUCAGAAACUACUUGAUAUAGUCAAUGCUCAUAUUUGCCCCGUUCCGUCUUCCCUCUUGGUAAACUUAACUUGUUCUCUAUUUCUCAAUUACACAGAGUACAUUUACAUAUCAUUCCCCAUUGUGGACGAACAAGGAAAGUCAUGCAGUUGAAGAUGGACUUGAAGGACUAACAGAGAAAGAAAGUAAACUGGCCUCUUAUUGGAACACUUCUUUCAAGAAAAUAUGUCUUGGUAUGACCGUUAAUGGCAGCAGAAGAUGGAUGAUGUUAGAUUACGAAGCACGUUCGCUGUACAGUUUGAUCGCAGACGGACAAUACCGAAGCACAACAGCAGGACGACCUGCAUGGAAGUCUCUGAUCGCGGGUUCGUCUUUACAACGAAACUGCAAUGAAGAAGGUUUCAGCAUUGCAUAUAAUGCAUUCAAAAUACGUAUUGGAUAUUACGCGAAUAAUGACAACCGUUGCACACAUGCAAAUUCAUGUAUUGGAUUUGGUAUUGUUUACAAUUCUUGUUAUAUAACAUCUAACAUUACAUGUGGUAAUAUUGCGCAGUGUAGUCAGAAUGAUAAUGGCCCUAAACUGACUGCGGCAUUUGGUUAUAUUUUAGUUCAGUAAGUGAAUACAGGGGAUAUAUAAAGUAGAUUUAGAAAUAGUACAUAUUUGUGAUAAUACGUAAAGCUACCUAAAAUAUAACUUGCUUGUAUUGUACAGAGGCACACACGCCAACCAAACUAGUUGACUGCAAGACAGCAUUUUAUCAAAAGAACUUAAUCAUGCAUGCUUAGACUUUAUGGAAUCUUUAAACUGUGAUGUUUAAAUAUUAAUAAACGAAAGACAUAAAAUUUGUGCGUCUUUAUGUAUUUUCAACAUCUAGUGAAGGUCUUUGAAUUUCAUCGCCACCAACCCACCCUUUCAACUGUGUUCAAUUUCUAGUUGGAAUUAUGAUUAUAUUGUGAAACGGUGUCUCACAAAAUAUUUGUCCAUUCCCUAACAUAUAUGUGGCUCAAUUACUUUUUAGUAAAGAAGAAUAAAAUUCAUUUCCUACAUACAUGCUUCUAUAAUACAUGCACCUGUAUAUGUACACGCAUAUUUCCAUAUUUCCAAAUCUGUUAGUGUUACCAUGAUAGAUGUGAAUGCACCACCGUAACUUUGGUCAAUAUUUUUCAUCAAAACUGCAUGCAGAUCAAUGGCAAAGGUUAGCCAUGACAGAUGGUUUUUAAUUUUGAUUUUAAUGAUUUGCCCAAGUCAGUAUUAUUAGUUAUACGUGUUAUGUUGAGCUGCAGUACAGAAACCUUAAAUGGGCUUUUAGGUGGUCAUGUUAUACGUGCUAAUAGACGUCCACUUUGAGUGAGCAAACAUUGGCAACGGUUUUAGUAAAUAGAAUGAAAUAAUUCAAGAAUAGAAUGAAACAUGGCAAAUAAUUCAAUAUCAUAACUAGAGAGCACUCGGAGACUACAUACAGUACCACUGCCAGCGAAUUAAGUUGUGUAUCAUGCAUAAUUAUUUAUACAAUCAAUUCAACGUCUAGAAGAAAUAUCGACGUUCUAAUCCCAAAAUGUCAGUGGUUGUUAAUGGGCGUGCCUCUCCAGCAACUUGCACUACCCCACAUGAAAUCGACCCAUUUUGGAAAUUUUAGCUGAGGGCGUUAAUUGAAUAAUCAAAAAACUGAACGAUGAGGUUAAUUUUUUUGAUAAUCCAAAACUUCAAAACAUUCUUGUGACUAGAAAACGUUAUUAUCUCAAAUAAUCUUACACCAUACAUCGCAUGCCAUGUACAAGUGUAGACUUUCGCAAAGUCCUUCGUCUUUGUUUAAACAAACGAGGUCGACUUGUAGCAAGUUUAGUACAAGUAGUGCUAUGUCUUUUUUUAUAUGCUACUUUUAAUUCCUAUGAAUUUGGGCGUCUGGAAUUUGGGGGCGCCCACACGUUUUCCGGAAUGGAAAUGACACUAUAGAAAUUGGCCUGGAAGCAGGAUCAUAUAAAUACUCAAUAGAGUUUAUAUUACGAGCGGGAUCUUGGCAAUUGUCCCGCCAGGCGUGAUCUGUUUAUGAAGUAAAAAAUGGGGGUAACGAACCUUAUUUUCAAGUUAAAUAACUUAAACCCCAAAAUAUCGGCCAUAUUGAAGCGUCAUUUCUUUUUUUCGAGAAAAUCCGACUCUGUGUUUUUUUAUACCUUUCUAAUCGGACUUUCUUUGUCUUUUAACAUAUAGGAAUUGUUGAAAAUUUGGGUCUAAAUCGGAGAUUUCCAUUUUCUAGUAAACUAUAGGGAGCUACCUUAAGAGAAUAAAGUAAGGGAAUAAAAUGGCUAAUAAUUUGUAAUUUGAAAACAUGAUAAUUUGCUUCAUCACUGCUGCUAAUAUGCAAUUAUUUUAUUUUACUAAGCCGAUCUGUAAUGAAAUAAAAUUGAAAAUGUCAAUUCUGCUGUCAAUUGUAGCCCUACUAUUUUAUAUAAUAUUUUAUCAUAUUUAAAACGUUCUUGCUCUUCAAUGAUUGAAAAAAAUGAAUCCUAAGAUGAUGCAAGAUGCAGGGAAUUACAUGUGUACAAAUUUUUGUCAAUGAAUUACACUGUGUCUUUGGCCACUGAAAUUCAUUUAAUGCAGUGUAUUCCUGCAUGCUAAUAAAGUUCUUUCAGUCAAUAAAAAAUUGUGACAUACUUGGAGCUUCCAAAGUUAUUAAAUCACUUAUAAAUAUUGUAUAUUAUCAGUUGUUUUAAUAAAGCGUUGUCAUUGCGCACCAGCUAUUGAACUGAACGCCUAGUCUAUAAAAGUUAUUUAGCAAUUGCUUUGGGCAAAACAUGUCUCUAUUUAAAAUAUUAGCCAUUGUUCAGUUUUUUGCUUUCAUCGGGUACGGUGUUACUAUGAAACAUGCUACAUUUAAAAAAAACACAGGACAAUAUUUACCAGAUAGUGUGAUCACAACGAAAUAUGCAGAAAGUGAAAGAGUGUGUUCCAUGCAUUGUACAAGUAUCGACGCGUGCUUGUCAGUGAAUUACAAAGCUAGCGGAGUGGAUCAAGGUUUAUGUCAACUCAACAAUAGAACAACUUCAGAAAAUCUUGGACUGGUUUCCGAUGAUGAAUUUUUGCAUCUUUCUAUUGUAAAGAGGGUAAGGCAUUUGUGAUAUAUCACAAACGUAUGAGUCCAGUGUAAGUGUUCUAGAAUACGUUAACGAGAUUUAUGGGUAAAUAUCAAGAUUUUGGGGCAUCUAACUCUAUCGAACUAAUGUUGAAGGAUUUUGGUGUUGGAAAUAUUGACUGUGAAUUUUAGGUCAAUGAACUUAAAAACGAGAAAACAUUGUUUUGCAAACAAUAAUUCUCGAAGUAUAGGCCUAGAGAAACAAGAAGCAUUUUUUCCGCAAUGAAAGUCACACGCGUCCACAAUAACGUUUAGUAUUUCUUCUUUAAUUAAACACCAGUCAAUGUUCAUUGUAAUAUGUUUAUAGAGUAAAGCUACGGCGAACGAAAUUACCAGUAAACACAGCUGCAAAGAAUUACUCGACGAUGACAGGUAACCCUUAUUGAAAAUAUAACACCAAAUUGAAACAGAUCAAUGGAACUGAACUAACUUUGUUUAUAUUGCAACAGUUCUUCACUGCUUUCCUUAGAUGUCCAUGCUCGUUUCUUGUUGGCUUACUGUUACUAUAAGAUUCACCCAAAACUAAAUUCAACCUAAUAUAAGAGGUAACCUAUAAACUAAACUAACAAAAUUUAUAAUGUUAGUUCGUCAGUUCCACUUCUUUCUCCAAAAGCUAUCCGAUCUUUAUUGCCGCAGUCCUCCUACAGGAGAACACUUGCACGCUUUCAUUUCGUCUGUCUGUUUCUAUGUUUGCCUGUCGGCACGAUAACUUACAAAAUAUCAAACGUAUACUAAUGCGAAAAUUUGCUUAAAUUUAUAUAGGCUAUAAAUUUCUUUAAUGACCCAAGUUGUUCAUUUUUUGCUACACUUUCUUGACAAAAACAAUAUUAAACACAAUUUUUUUAUUUUUGUGGGAGAGGGGUUCUGGGUUGUCUGUCAAGAUCUUUGACCUAACUGUCAGAGAUUAGGUUGAUAUAAACCAUACCUUCCUCCUCAUCUUACCAUCGCACCUUGUCUCAUUAAUGGGACUAAUGAACAUUGCCCAAGGACAAACUGGUUAAAUUUUGGUAACAUUUGGAUGAGAACUGGAUGCAAAAGUAGCAAACGUUUCUCUUGCCUUUGUCUGGGCAGAGUAAACUGAAUGUUUAAUUAUCCCACUGUAUAAUUUAUGCAUGAUUAAUAACUUAAUUCGCUGACGGAGGUGAUCAGUCUGCUGUGCCCUCUAGUUAUGGGUCUUGCUCUAAAUCUAAGACAUCAUUUUCCUUUACAAUUACGGUGUAAUAAAAGUAUCAUUAUUUUAUUCCAGGUCAUUGCCAAACGAUGCCUGUACUAUACAGUUGAACAUUUCCUCGUCUCCAUAUAAGGUAUAUUGUCACAUGACAGAUAUUCCUUGGACACUAGUCUUGAAAGUAAAUGGAAAUAUGGUAAGAUAAAAAUCAAGGGUGACUAUAUGUCAAGCUUUAAUCAACCAAAUAGUCAAUCAAUCAGUUCAUCAAUUAAGCAGUUAAACAAUCAGAGAAAAGUUUCCUUUAAUUUUCUAACUAAAACUAUAUCUUAGAUAUUCAUGAUCUACUUAAGCAUCAACCAACAAUCAAUUUCUCUUUCUUAAAUUAUUGUGUUCUUUCUAAUUUAGUCCACAUUUGACUACAAUUCAUCUUUGUGGACGAACAAGGAAACGUUUGCCGUUGAAGAUGGACUUGAAGGACUAACAGAGAAAGAAAGUAAACUGGUCUCUUAUUGGAACACUCCUUUCAAGAAAAUAUGUCUUGGUAUGACCGUUAAUGGUGAUAGAAGAUGGAUGAUGUUAGAUUACGAAGCAAGUUCCCUGUACAGUGUGAUCGCAGAUGGACAAUACCGUAGCACAUCCGCUGGAAAAAACACCUGGAUGUCUGUGAUAGCAGGCUCUUCCCUGCAGCCCAAUUGCAACCAUGAAGGUUUUAAUAUCAAAUUCCCAUUUACCAAUGCUCGCCUUGGUUUUGUUGCCAACAACGAAGAUGAUUGUAAGACCUGUGACUCUUGGAUAGGUUUUGGUAUAUACGCCUCUUUCUAUCGUAUAAGCGACUAUCAGGCGUGCGGUAAUCGUGCAGUAUGGGAAGUAGAUCGUGUUGUAAACAUCCCAGCAUUUGGGUAUAUAUUGGUGCAAUAAAACAUUCACCCUUAAUUUAACAUGACAUGAAAAUGCAGCACAAUGAGAACUGUCUGAAGGAAGUAAAAAAACCAAGUUAAAACGACAGCCCCAAUGGUUAAUAUUAUUUGCUUAUUCUUCUUCUUCUUCGCAUGUAUAUAUAACUUAAAUGUAUGCUUGGAUACAAUUGUGAUUUGUUCCAUUGUGUGCUCACUUUUUCAGUAUAGCAGUAAUUAAUUGCUAUAGUAUUGGAAUUUGUUUUCAAAAUCCUAGAUCAUGAAAAUAGUGUGGAUCAUAUUUGAAAGAGUACGCACUUCCAAUUUCCAUAUGCGAACUGCCAUUAUUGUACUAUGGAUAAAGUAUGGAAGGAUAGGGAAGAAAUACUAUGGAUUUAGUGAUACAAGAUGAUUGUCGUACUGUACGGAUUUUAUUUCUUUUUCCUAGUAUGUAAUUCAGAAUGAGAGUUGAGGAGAGUUGGCAGUCACGAAUUGUUACAGGGGACAUUUUAAACUCUAGGUAAACAAAAUAGGUUUCAUAAGUGUUCCAACUAUGUUUAAACUUAAUUAAAAUAAAUGAUAGUGUUGGGAAAGCAUUAAGAACAGCUAACCAUGAUCGUGUGACUGCCAACUCUCGUUCACUCUCAUCCUCGUUGAUCCAGGCUUUAGUAAGCUUUUAUUUGUAAUGCCCCUAUGCGUGCACUAUAUAUGAAAAAUACUUAAUUCAUAAUCAGAUUAUACAUGUAUAUGUGUAGAUUUGGAAAUGUUUUACCACAAUACAUUGAUUGACUGGUGGUUGAACUCAGGUGUAUAAUUUUUUUUCUCAUGCUACUCCGAGUGUCUCCACACCGGGCAAGCUGAGAAAUUGCUUGCCGGUGGUGGGAAUCGAACCCGCAACCUUUGCAUUGGUCUAUCAACUGCAUUCACCAGUACAGACGACAUUUCAAAACUUAAUGUAGUUCCUUCGAUAUCUGUAUCAAGAUUUAAUGUCUGGAGAAUACACAAUAAUUUUGGUAAACUGUUUUCAUCAAAAUUGCAUGAUGAUAAAUUGCAAAGCUAGCUAGCCGUGGCAGAUGUUCAUUUUAUAAAAAAUAUACUACUAAACGUGCUUAGACUAAAAUUGUAUAAAAGCAAACAUUUCGUAAGGUUUGAUCGUUUUGGUGAAUAAAAUAAGCAGAUAAAAUGGCUAAUAAUUUAUAAUUUGAUAACAUAACAGUUUGCUUCAUCACUAGCUGCUGGUAUAUCCAAUUAUUUUCUUUUACUGAGCCGGUCUGUAAUGAAGGAAAAUUGAAAAUGCCAAUUCUGCAGUCUAUUAUAGCCCUAAUAUUUUAUAUAAUAUUUUAUCUAAAUGCAUGUUCUGGCUCUUCAAUAAAUGAAAAAAAUGAAUCAUAAGAUGAUGCAAGAUGCAGGGAAUUAUAUGUCUAUAAAUUUUUGCCAACGAAUUACACUGUGUUUUUGGCCACUGAAAUUCAUUUAUUAAUGCACUGUAUUCUGCAUGCUAAUAAAGUUAUCUCAGCCAAUCAGAAUUGUGACAUACUGUAUGUAUACUUCCAUGUAAAUGAUUAAAAAGCAAUAAUCACAUAAAGUUAUUAAAUCACUUAACUAUUGUCAUUGCGCACCAGCUAUUGAACUGAACGCCAAUAGUCUAUAAGAGGCAUUUGGCAAUUGCUUUGGGAAAAUAUGUUUCUAUCUAAAACAAUACUAGCCAUUGUUCAGUUUUUCGCUUUCAUCGGAUAUGGUGUUACUAUGAAACAUGCCAUAUUUAAAAGAAACACUGGAAAGUAUUUACAAGAUAGUGUGAUCACAACGAAAUAUGCAGAAAAUGAAUUUGUGUGUUCCAUGCAUUGUACAAGCAUCGACGCGUGCGUGUCAGUGAAUUACAAAGCUGGCGGAGUGGAUCAAGGUUUAUGUCAACUUAACAACAGUACAACUUCGGAAAAUCUUGGAUUGGUUUCCGAUGAUAGAUUUGUGCAUCUUUCUAUUAUUGUAAAGAGAGUAAGGCAUUUGUGACGAUAUCACAAACGUAUGAGUCCAGUGUAAGUAGUAUAUGUAAUAUUCUAGAAUACGCUAAGUACUAUUUAAAACACGAGUAGGAGUGUUUUAUCAGAUAUAAAACGCGAGGCGCAGCCGAGCGUUUUAUGUCUGAUAAAACAUGACAACGAGUGUUUUGAAUAGCUUAAAAUACCACUACAAAAGAAUACUAAUUAGGAUGAACCAUUAUAUAAUCAUAUUAAUUAGGAUGAACAAUUAUAUAAUGCCAUCUGCUUUAUCAGAUAUAAAGUCACUCCACGUGACAUAUCAUGGCUGACAUGAUUUGCCACAAGGUUUACGAAUUUUUAAUGAGUAUUUUUACGUAGUUUAUGGGUAAAUUUAAAUAUGAAGACUUUUGGGCAUCUAACUCCAUUGAACUAAUGUUGAAGGAUUAUGGACUAGUUGGAAAUUUCGACUGUGAAUUUUAGGUCAAUAAACUUAAAAACGAGAAAACAUUGUUUUGCAAACAAUACUUCUCGAAAGUAUAGGCCUAGCUAGGAAACAAGAAGCAUUUUUCCGCAAUGAAAGUCACACGUCCACAACAAUGUUUAGUAUUUCUACUUUAAUUAGCCUAUCUCACGCCGCCAUUUUUGGGGUACUGUAAUUUUUCUUAAACGAUUAUAGCAAUGUGAAAAGCAAUAUUUCAGAACAAACUAACUAUUUACAAAGUAAAUUUAUCAUCAUACAGCCAUAACAUACAAAAUGUCGCCGUUACGCGGUGUUAUAUAUGCUUGCAGGAUUGGCAAAAAAGUACCCCAAAAAUGGCGGCGUGAGAAAGGCUAAUUAAACACCAGUCACUGUUCAUUGUAUUAUGCUUAUAGAGUAAAGCUACAGCGAACGAAAUUGCCAGUAAACACAGCUGCAAAAAAUUACUCGACGAUGACAGGUAUCCGUUUUUGAAAAUAUCACACCAUGAUGUUUUUAUGUUAUUCUGAGUAUAUAUCCGCAACGGGCAGGCUGAAAAGUUAGCCUGAGCACGGGUUCGAUUCCCAUCGUGGUCAGGCUAACAUUUCAGCCUGCCCGGUGCGGAUAUACACUCAGAGUAACAUCAAAACACACAUGCACAAAAAAUAUAUAAACCAUAUUGAAACAGGUCAAUGUAAAUAAACUAACUUUUUUAUAUUGGAACAGUUCUUCACUGCUUUCCUUAGAUGUCCAUGUUCGUUUCUUGUUGGCUUAUUAUUACUAUAAGAUUCACCCUAACCUAAAUUCAACCUAAUAUAAGAGGCAACCUAAACUAAACUAACUAAAUUUUUAAUGUUAGUUCGUCAGUUCCACUUCUUUCUCCAAAAGCUAUCCGAUCUUCAUUGCCGCAGUCCUCCUACAGGAGAACACUUUCACGCCUUCAUUUCCUUUGUUUUUUGCUUAUUAUCUAAUAGUUUAGGAAUAUUAUUACCUCUGCCAGGUUAUAACAUCAGCGUUUGUAUGUUUGUCUAUCAGCACGAUAACGUACAAAUAUCAAACGUAUUAUUGCGAAAAUUUGCAGGACUAAUGGAUAUUGCCCAAGCAAAAACUUGUUCAAUUUUGGUAACAUUUGGAUGAGAACUGGAUGCUAAACUAUUAGCAAAGUUUCUCUUGCCUUUGUCUGAACCUCCAAGUAAACUGAAUGUUUAAUUAGCCCAUUGUAUAAUUUAUGCAUGAUUCAUAACUUAAAUCGCUGAACGGAGGUGACCAGUCUGCUGUGCCCUCUAGUUAUAGGUCUUGCUCAUAGAUAUCUUAUAUAGACUAGAUAGCGCAUCUCUUUUAGUAAAAUUGAAGCCAAGAAUAUUCCAGCGGUUACCCCCAUUUGAAUAGAUGGCAGCCAUGUUGGAGUUUCCCACUCGCUAAUAAACGCUUAAAAACAACAAUAACUUUCAUCAUUUGAAUAGUUUGAAAAUGUACCUGGAAUAGGUUUAACUUAAUGUUUAAGUUCCCUGUUUAAGAAAUAGAAAACAUACGAGUCUUCUCAUGUCAUGGGAAUAUCCUGAGUCUGCAAUCACGGCUUCAAUUUUUGAAUUGCAGAAUAAUUAGAUGCACUAUCUAGUGUAUAUAAGAUAUCUAUGGUCUUGCUCUAAAUCCAAGACAUCAUUUUCCUUUACAUUUAAGUUGUGAUAAAAGUAUCAUUAUUUUAUUCCAGGUCAUUGCCAAACGAUGCCUAUACUAUACAGUUGAACAUUUCCUCGUCUCCAUAUAAGGUAUAUUGUCACAUGACAGAUAUUCCUGGAUGUGGAGGCGGAGGUUGGACACUAGUCUUGAAAGUAAAUGGAAAUAUGGUAAGAUAGAAAUCAAGGGUUACUGUAUGUCAAACUUUAAUCAACCAAAUAGCCAAUCAAUCAGUUCAUCAAUUAAGCAGUUAAACAAUCAGAGAAAAUUUUCCUUUAAUUUUCUAACUAAAACUAUAUCUUAGAUAUUCAUGAUCUACUUAUAAGCAUCAACCAACAGUCAAUUAAUUUCUCUUUUAAAAUUAUUGUGUUCUUUCUAAUUUAGUCCACAUUUGACUACAAUUCAUCUUUGUGGACGAACAAGGAAAGUUAUGCAUUUGAAGAUGGGCUUAAGGGACUAACAGAGAAAGAAAGUAAACUGGUCUCUUAUUGGAACACUCCUUUCAAGAAAAUAUGUCUUGGUAUGAGCGUCAAUGGUAGCAGAAGAUGGAUGAUGUUAGAUUACGAAGCAAGUUCGCUGUACAGUGUGAUCGCAGAUGGACAAUACCGAAACACAACCGCUGGAAAAGACACCUGGAUGUCUGUGAUUGCAGGCUCUUCCCUGCAGCCCAAUUGCAACCAUGAAGGUUUUAAUAUCCAAUUCCCAAAUACCAAUGCUCGCCUUGGGUUUGUUGCCAACAACCAAAACGAUUGUGAGAGCUGUAACUCUUGGAUAGGUUUUGGUAUAUGCGCCUCUUCUUGCACUGGUAUAAUCUAUCAGGCGUGCGGUAAUCGUGCAGCAUGUGGAGUAGAUCGUAUUGUAGACAUCCCAGCAUUUGGGUAUACAGGGUGUAUCAAAAUAAACGCAAUUCAUCUUUUGUGCUUAAUAACUUUCGAAAUACUAUUUCUAGUUAAACGCUUUUAGGCUUACUUCAAAGCCUGUUCCUUUCUCUUUCAAAUAAACUAUUAUCCUUGUCUCCAAUGCUAGUAUUAAUUGCACAGGAAAAGAUUUAGUAAAACCUAUCAUUUUUAGUUGCUGUUUAAUUAUGCACAGUGGCGGCGCCAGGGGGGGGAAGGGGGGGCAAAUGCCUCCCCCAAAUUAUUUUUUGCCCCCCCUCCAAAAAAAUUAUUAGUUACUAAGAGCGACUAAAGGCUACACAAGCAUUCUGUCGUUAUCGGAAAAUGUAUGGCUCAUAAGUUGUCAUUACUCAUUAGUGAAUGCGCGUAUACAUGGAACUGUUUUUUACAGUUUCAAUCUUAGUUUGUAAAUCUCUGAAUGGUAAAACUUGCCAAUACUCCAAUAAUACGUUUCAAAAAAAGACAAAAAAGCUUUGGUUUUGCAGAGUUACAGUGUAAAUUCUCAAACGUGUAAGGCAAUAAUAAGAUGAAAGUAUCACGAAAUUAUUUGAAUAAACCACAUCGCAUACAUGGGGGACGAAUGUCCUAAAGAGGGGCGAUAUUCCUAGGGUAUUCGCCCCACCCCCCUGGGAGGCGAUAUUCCUAGGAUAUUUGCCCCCGGGGGCGAUAUUCCUAGGAAUACCGCCACGUUUUGAGGGGGGGGGGGGAAUUUCCUGGGGGGCGACCUUUUUAAAAAUUCUAUCUUGCCCCCCAAAAUUUGAGUUUGCCCCUCAAAUGCCCCCCCAAAUUUGGAAGCCUGGCGCCGCCACUGAUUAUGCAAGUUUACUAUGUUAUUGUUUAGUCGGUUUAAAUGUUAGAAUUUUCUUCUUUAAACUUUAAUGUUGUCGUCACUACAUCUGGAAAACCACGUAAGAACAAAUUAAAAGUAUUUUAAAAGAGACCAGGUUGUUUGAAAAUCCUAAACGAAUGCCAAAAAUCGUCAAAAUAUUCUGGUGUCUGAGCCAGAGUGUCAUCGAAUUGCGAUGUAAUGUAAACAGAAAUUAUAGCAAGUUGAUGUCAGUCAGCUUAGAUGGUCCAAGCCAAAAUUAUAUCGCAUUCGAAGUUUCAAACUGAGUUAAAAAUAGUGGAAGAAAAGCCGUAAUUAUACUUAUUGUUACAAUCCAUUUAAUAAAAUGCAACAUUUGUUUGUUUUAAUGAAAAAAUCAGUUAUUUUCAUGAGAACGAUUUGUUAUUCCAUCUCAAUUUUAUUAAUCUCCAAUCGCAAUAACGUAAAGUAUUAUUACCCGCGAACCAAUGAGUCAAAUUUAAGAAACAACCCACUGUUAGAAAGCUGAAUGGCUACGCUUUAAAAUGAAUGUAAACUUUAACGUUUUCGUCUAUUAUUUGUUUAGCAAUUUACAUUUCAGUCGAGGAUUGCGCUUUUUUUGAUACACCCUGUAUAUUGGUGCAAUAAAACAUUCAUCCCAUAAUGUAGCAUGCUUAAUUUAGCAAGUUAUAAAUGCUUGGAUUUACAAUUGUGAUUUGUGCCAUUAUGUGUCGACUUUGUCAGUGUAGCUGUAAUUGCUAUAUAAUAUUGGAAUUUGUUUCCAAAAUCCUAGUUCAUGAAAAUUAGUUUGGAUCCUAUUUGAAAUAGUACGGACUUCCAAUUUCCAUAUGGGAACUGCCAUUAUUGUACUAUGGAUAAAGUAUAUGGAGGAAUAGAGAAAAAAAACUAUGCAUCAUGGAUUUAGUGAUACAAGAUGAUUGUCGUAUUGUAUGGAUUUUACUACUUUUUCCCAGUAUAUAUAAUUCAGAAUGAGAGUUGGCAGUCAUGCACGAAUUGUUAUACAGGGGACAUUUUAAACUCUAGGUAAACAUGAUAAAGGUGUCAUAAGUGUUCCAACUAUAGGUUUAAACUUAAAGGAAAUACAUGAUAGUGUUGGGAAAAGCAUUAAGAACAGCUAACGAUAAUCGCGUGACUGCCAACUCUCAUCCUCGUUUGUUCCGUACUUUAGUAUGCCAUGUAUUUGUAAUGUUCCUAUGUAUGCACUAUACAUGAAAAAUACUUAAUUCAUAAUUAGAUUACACACAGGGACGCCGGAACGAUUUUAAGGCAAGGGGGGGGGCAGAUUUUCGUGAAAGGGCACUUUUGAAUUGAUAUAUACUAAGAAAUGUUUGCGAAACAUCGGGAGUUGAACUUCACCUAAUUAUGUUUUCUAUUGAUUGGAUGAUAUGGGUGUGGGGGGUUCUCCGCCAGGCGACUGUGCUAUUCUUGAAGCUCGAUGACUGCAUUUCUUGCAUUUUCUGAAGCAACUUUGUAAAAGAAUUGCACUAACAUUUCUGACAAUUCGCUAUUUCGCCAAGGCAAUACUUUAAAUGGAAAGGGCACCUUUGCCCCCCUUGCCCCUCCUGGUAAAGGGCAAAGGGGGCGGCUGCCACUCCUGCCCCAGUUCCGGCGUCCCUGAUUACACACAUGUAUAUGUGUAGACUUGGAAAUGUUUUACCACAAUACAUUGAUUGACUGGUGGUUGUGUGUUGAACUCAGGUAUGUAGUUUUUUUCUAAUGCUACUCCGAGUGUCGCUGCAUGGAAGAAGCUGGCAAGCUGAGAAAUUGAUUCACCGCGGUAGGAAUCAAACCCGCGACCUUUGCCUUGUUAUAGUCCAACGCUCUAUACCAACUGCAUGAGCUACGAGGUCAAGUCAAUUCGAGUAUAGAUGAUAUUUCAGAACUUAAUGUAUAGUUAUCUAAUAUUUCAAAUCCAACUAUGAGGACUGGACUAGAUUUCAAGUCCGCGCAGUCUGCCAGUAUUAUCAUGUGAGCAAAAUAAAGCAAUAUGGCUGGCUAAUAGACAACUUGCAUGUUAGACUAAUUUUUGAUUUAGGCAAAAAAAAGUAAAUUCCCAUAAAGAACUUAUUAAAAUCAGUAAAAUUGCAAAAUUUGGUUGCGAAACGUUGUAAAAUGCAGAAAAUAUAGCCUUCCGAAAUUUGCAUAUUUUCAGUAUAUUUGUAUUACGUGCGAAAAUUGUUACCAUUUUUCAGCCGAAAAUGGUAACAAUUUCCGCACGUUAUACAAAUAUACUGAAAAUAUGCAAACUUCGCAAAGCUAUAUUUUCUGCAUUUUACAACAUUUUGUAACCAAAUUUUGCAAUUUUACUAAUUUCAUUAUGUUCUUUUUAACUGUUGUGUUUUAUUUCCUUCUCUUUACUUAGAUUAAAAAAUUUAGUCUAACAUGCAAGUUGUCCAUUUACACAUGAAUUAUUAAUGAGUUUGAGAUUAUGAUUAAACGUCUGGAGAAUAUAUCAAAAUUGCAUGAUGUUAAAUGACAAAGUUAGCAAUCAUGGCAGAUGUUCAUGUUAUAUACUAAUAAACAAACGUGCACUGUAAGAUCGUACGUAUAAGGCAAACAUUUCAUAAGAUUUGGGCGUUUUAAUAAAUAUAAAGCACAUAAUAUAACAUGCCCCAUCACCGCUGAUAAUAUCCAACUAUUUUUCUUUUAUAUUAAGCCUGUCUAUAAUGAAAGAAAUUGAAAUAUCAAUUCUGCUGUUUAUUAAACAUGCCGCACAAAAACGCUUUUGGCUGACCUAAUCGCCAAAAUUUAUGUUUGUGACAGACAUGAAUAUAAAGAUGAGCUAACAGGCACGCGUGACGAUUAGCUCAGCCAAAUGCUCUCGUGUGCGGCAGGAUUUAGCCCUAAUAUUUUAUAUAAUAUUUCAUCUAUAAAUGUUCUAGGUCUUCAAUAAAUGAAAAAAUAAUCAUAAGAUCACGCAAGAUGCAAGCAAUAAUUAUAUCUCUAACAAUUAUUUGUUUUUGCCAACAAAUCACACUGUGUUCUUAAUUGGCCACUCAAAUUCAUUUGUUGCAUGCACUGUAUUGCAGCAUGCAAAUAAAGUUCUGUCAGCCAAUCAGAAUUGUGAUAUAAUUCCAAGUAAAGUAUUACAAAGCAAAAAUCAGAUAAAGUUAUUACGUCUCUCUAUACCUGUAUUGUAUAUAUCAUCAGUUGUUUUAAUAAAGCGUUGUCAUUGCACAAAACCUAUAUUGAACCUAUUGAACUGACCGCCUAGUCUUUAGAGUCAUUUUGCAAUUGAUUUGGGCAAAGAGUCAUUUUGAGUCAUAUAAAGAGUCAUCUUGGAAUUGAUUUGGGAAAACAUGUCUCUAUUUAAAACGAUACUGGUGCACGUCCAGUUUUUUGCUUUCAUCGGGUACGGUGUUACUAUGAAACAUGCUAUAUUUAAAAGAAACACUGGACAAUAUUUACGAGAUAGUGUGAUCACAACGAAAUAUGCAGAAAGUGAAAGAGUGUGUUCUAUGCAUUGUACAAGCAUCGACGCGUGCUUGUCAGUGAAUUACAAAGCUGGCGGAGUGGAUCAAGGUUUAUGUCAACUAAACAACAGAACAACUUCAGAAAAUCUUGGACUCAUGGUUUCCGAUGAUAAAUUUGUCCAUCUUUUUAUUGUAAAGAAGAGGGUAAGGCAUUGCCGGAUAUCACAUGCAAACGCAUGGGUCCAGUGUAUAAGUAUACAGGGUGUAUAAAAAAAAGCGCAAUCCUCGACUGAAAUGUAAAUUGCUAAACAAAUAAUAGACGAAAACGUUAAAGUUUACAUUCAUUUUAAAGCGUAGCCAUUCAGCUUUCUAACAGUGGGUUGUUUCUUAAAUUUGACUCAUUGGUUCGCGGGUAAUAAUACUUUACGUUAUUGCGAUUGGAGAUUAAAAAAAUUGAGAUGGAAUAACAAAUCGUUCUCAUGAAAAUAACUGAUUUUUUCAUUAAAACAAAAAAAUGUUGCAUUUUAUUAAAUGGAUUGUAACAAUAAGUAUAAUUACGGCUUUUCUUCCACUAUUUUUAACUCAGUUUGAAACUUCAAAUGCGAUAUAAUUUUGGCUUGGACCAUCUAAGCUGACUGACAUCAACUUGCUAUAAUUUCUGUUUACAUUACAUCGCAAUUCGAUGACACUCUGGCUCAGACACCAGAAUGUUUUGACGAUUUUUAGCAUUCGUUUAGGAUUUUCAAACAACCUGCAUGGUCUCUUUUAAAAUACUUUUAAUUUGUUCUUACGUGGUUUUCCAGAUGUAGUGACGACAACAUUAAAGUUUAAAGAAGAAAAUUCUAACAUUUAAACCGACUAAACAAUAACAUAGUAAACUUGCAUAAUUAAACAGCAACUAAAAAUGAUAGGUUUUACUACAUCUUUUCCUGUGCAAUUAUUACUAGCAUUGGAGACAAGGAUAAUAGUUUGUUUGAAAGAGAAAAGAACAUGCUUUCAAGUAAGCCUAAAAGCGUUUAACUAGAAAUAGUAUUUCGAAAGUUAUUAAGCACAAAAGAUGAAUUGCGUUUAUUUUGAUACACCCUGUAGUAUAUAUGUAAUAUUCUAGAAUACGUUUAUGGGUAAAUAUUUGGGCACCUCGAUUGAAUUAAUGUCGUAAGAAUUUCAACUGUGAAUUUUAGGUCAACUAAACGUAUAACCAGAAAACAUUGUUUCCUCACCAUGUUUCUCGAACGUAUUGAAAAACAGGAAACAUUUCUUCCGCAACCAAAAUCACACCUCUACAGUAAUGUUUAGUAUUUUUACUUUGAACACCAGUCAACGUUCAUGCAUGCACCCUUUUCUGUUUAGAGUAAAGCUAAGACGAAAGAAAUUGCCCGCAAACUCAGCUGCAAAGAACUUCUUGACGAUGACAGGUAAUCCAUAUAUUGAAAAUAUAACAUCAUAUUGAAACAGACCAAUGACAAUGGAAAUAAACUAAACUUUGUGUUAUACAGAAAAAGUUCUUAUAAAUGCUUUCCUUAUAGAUGCCCAUGUUCAUUUGUUGUUGGUUUGUUACUAUAUAUACAGCUAUUGCAAUUAAUGUUGUCCACGAGCAAAGCGGAAAAGUCGUAAACGAGAGCGAAAGGCAGCUGGGAUCGCUAUGAAAAUUCAUUAAUUUGUUAGCGAUUCCCAGCAGCCUUACGCGCUCGUAUUUGACUUUUCCGCUUUGCUCGUGGACAACCUUAAUGGACCUUUCCCCUUAUAACUAAAAUUUUGAUCUAGACAAAAAUUUCAUCACAGCUUGAAAGAGCAUCACAAAAUUAGUAUAAUAUUCCAAAGUUUCGUUGCGAAAUGUUGUAAAAUGCGGAUAAUAUAGCCUUGCGAAGUUUGCCGUUUUUCAGUCAUUUUGUAUUACGCAUGGGAAAUUGACAGCCAAAUUUCCCGUUUGUAAUACAAAAUGACUGAAAAUUGCAAAUUUCGCAGGGCUAUAUUAUCCGCAUUUUACAACAUUUCGCAACGAAACUUUGGAAUAUCACUAAUUUUGUGAUGCUCUUUCAAGCUGUGAUGAAAUUUUUGUCUAGAGUUGUCUAGAUCAAAAUUUUAGUUAUAAGGGGAAAGGUCCAUUGAAAUAGCUGUAUACAAGAGGCAUCUUAAACGAAAUUCAACCUAACAUAAGAGGCAUAUAACCUAAACUAAACAGUCAAUUCCAAAAUAUACCUGCAUGCAGUUUAAAUUAUAAAAGCCAUCAUUCAUCGGUGCAGUCCUCCAGCAGGAGGACACCUGCACGCAUUCGCUUGCUUUGCGUUUUUCCUUAUUACAGUAAGUAUAG